AAAAAAUAUCGAGGAAACAACUCAUUUGCUCGAACCUCUUCGAUUAUAUAAACCCUAAUUUCCAAUUUGGAUUUCCUUUUCUUCUACCCCUACCCUCCACCCCCUUCACUCUCCCCCCUACAAAGCACCAUUCUUUCUCUGUAAACUAUUUUCUCCAUUUAUGCUCUCUGACUUCCUCUCAACUCAAUGACUCAUUCAGAGCACUGAUCUCACUCACAUUAUGUUGCUCACUGACUCAAUGUCUACCGUUCUAACAGUCUUGCUUCCUUUGCUUCUCCUACUAUUCACCCUUGGCUAUGUUUCCGCCGCCGAACAGGAAGUCAGAUCACUACUGGAGUUUAAAAAAGGCAUUAAGGACGAUCCUUUGAACAAAGUCUUCGAGUCGUGGAACCAGACGCAUAUCUCCGAUCUGUCAUCCUGCCCCGACAAAUUCUAUGGCGUAGUUUGCGAAUCUGGCUCCGUCACUGCCAUUGCCCUUGACCGCCUCGGCUUAACCGGUGACUUGAAGUUUAAUACCCUCAAUGGUCUUAAGCAGCUCAGAAACCUUAGCCUUUCUGGUAACUCAUUCACGGGUCGGGUCGUACCCGCUUUAGGCUACAUGACCUCGUUGCAGUACUUGGAUCUGUCAGGGAACCAGUUCUACGGGCCUGUCCCUGCCCGCCUUUACGACCUCUGGGGUUUGAAUUAUCUCAAUCUGUCCAACAAUAAUUUUAGUAGUGGUCUUCCGCGUGGAAUUGGGAAUUUGCAGCAGUUGAAAGUUCUCGAUUUGCAUUCCAAUGAGCUUUGGGGCGAUGUACCGGAAUUACUAUCAGAACUCAGAAAUGUGGAAUAUCUGGAUUUGAGUGGGAAUUCAUUCUUUGGUUCGCUCCAGAUUAGUAGGAACAAUGUAUCUAGUCUUGCUAAUACUCUGCAGCAUAUGAACUUGAGCCAUAAUAAGUUGGCUGGCGGAUUUUUUAGUGAGGACUCCAUUAAGAUGUUUCUGAACUUGAGGGUUUUGGAUUUGGGAAACAAUGGAUUAAUGGGGCAACUCCCUUCUAUUGGAUCUUUGCCGAAUCUGAAGGUUUUAAGACUAGCAAAUAACCAGCUAUACGGUUCAAUUCCAGAUGAGCUUCUGGAGGGGUUGGUGGAAUUGGAUCUCAGCGGCAAUGGAUUUUCAGGCUCAUUUGAGAAAGUAAACUCAACUACUAUGAGGACUCUAAACAUUUCAUCUAAUUUCCUUUCUGGUUUUCCUUCAUCCAUUGGAAAUUGUUUGGUUGUUGACUUGAGUAGCAAUGAGCUCACUGGUGAUAUAUCUGCUAUUGAGAGUUGGGAAGCAAAUCUUGAAGUUUUAGACUUGAGCUCAAACCGCUUGACCGGAAGUCUUCCUCCUAAUUUGACUUCUCAGUUUCAACAGUUGACUUCUCUAAGCAUCAAUAACAAUUCUGUUUCAGGCAACCUGCCUCCUUCACUUUUGACCUCUUCAAGACUGGUCAAACUUGAUCUUAGUGCCAAUGAAAUUGAUGGAGAUAUUCCGCCUACUUAUUUUGCUUCUUCAACCUUGAUGACCCUUGAUCUUUCUGGAAAUCAUUUGUCAGGAUCAAUCCCUCUUGGAGCCUCACAUACUAAAGAACUACUUGUCCUCCCUUCAUUCCCCCCAUUGGAAAAUCUUGAUCUCUCAGGUAAUUCCUUGUCAGGUCAUUUGCCUCCUGACAUAAGUAACCUUGCCAGGCUUAAAGUUCUAAAUCUUGGUAAAAACAACUUAACAGGUGAGAUUCCUUCCCAGUUAAGUAAACUUGGCGGCUUAGAAUAUCUUGAUUUAUCCAAUAAUACUUUUAAGGGAAGGAUCCCUGACAAUCUCUCUUCGAAUCUUAAGGUGUUUAAGGUGUCCUCCAACGAUUUAACCGGAAGUAUCCCUGAAAACUUGAAAAGAUUUCCCAUUGCGUCAUUUCAUCCUGGAAAUGCACUGCUUGUCUGGACAAACCAUCCACAACCUGAUAGUAUUCCUGUUCAGUUACCUGGUACCAGCAGGCGUCAUAGCUCUAAAGCAAGUAUAAAGGUAGCGAUCAUCGUUGCCUCGGUUGGAGCAGCUAUAAUGAUUGCCUUUGUUCUACUGGCUUAUCGUCGAUCCAAACUUCAAAACUUUCAGUCUCAAAGUGGGUUUGGCAAUCAAUCUGUUGGUCGUGAUGUUAAACCGGGAAUAUUUAACCGGUCCUCACUUUUCAAAUUCCAGGCCAACUCAGACCCACCCCCAACAACUUCAUUAAGUUUUUCCAAUGACCAUCUUCUGACAUCAAAAUCCAGAUCAUUUUCCAGGAAAAUGGAGUCCACCACAGAGAUCGUACAGUCUAGUACACUAGAUAAUCGAACUGCAACAUCUGGAGGACAAAGAUCCUCCCCUGGUUCCCCUAUAGCUUCUUCUCCCCACAUUAUUGACUCAAUUGAGCAACCUGUGACUUUGGAUGUAUAUUCUCCGGAUCGUUUGGCCGGAGAGCUUUUCUUCUUAGAUGGCUCGAUUUCAUUUACAGCUGAGGAACUAUCUCGAGCUCCUGCAGAAGUUCUUGGUAGAAGUAGCCAUGGCACUUUAUAUAAAGCUACCUUAGGAAAUGGGAUUGUGCUGACUGUUAAAUGGUUACGUGUUGGUUUAGUUAAAGACAAGAAAGAAUUUGCAAGGGAAGUUAGAAAGAUUGGAUCAAUAAGACAUCCACAUGCUGUUCCUCUAAGAGCUUAUUACUGGGGUCCAAGAGAACAAGAGAGGCUGGUUCUAGCUGACUACAUUCCCGGGGACAGCUUAGCCCUUCAUCUAUAUGAGACAACUCCUCGUAAAUAUUCCACGUUGUCCUUCAACAAGAGGUUAAACAUUGCUGUUGAGGUUGCUCGGUGCCUGACAUUCCUGCACGAGAAAGGCCUGCCCCAUGGGAACUUAAAGCCCACAAAUAUAAUAUUGGUUGGCGGUGAUUAUAGUGCCCGAGUCGCGGACUAUGGUCUCCACCGUUUGAUGACGUCAAGUGGAAAUGCGGAGCAGAUACUAAACCUAGGGGCUCUUGGCUAUCGUGCACCUGAACUUGCAAAUGCAACCAAACCCGUCCUUUCUUUAAAGGCUGACGUGUAUGCAUUUGGAGUGAUUCUAAUGGAACUGUUGACGAGAAGAAGUGCGGGUGACAUCAUCUCAGGGCAGCCUGGUGCCGUUGAUCUCACGGAUUGGGUUUCCCUGUGCAAUCAAGAAGGUAGGGGAAUGGACUGUAUAGACCGUGACAUAGCAGGGGGAGAAGAACACUCGAAAGCUAUGGAUGAUUUACUUGCCAUAUCAUUAAAAUGCAUUCGUCCAGUUAACGAAAGGCCUAGCAUCAGACAAGUCCUUGAUGAUCUGAGUUCCAUUUGUGUGUGAUGAAGCCUUGUUUUAUUUUGUACAUGUGUCUGUCAUUUGUCUCUUGGGUUGUGGUAGUAAUUCUUUCUCAUGAGUUUUAUUUUUUAAACCAAUUGGUUGGUUCAGUUGCCAUUCUAAUCCGCGCGUAUGAUCAUUAUUAUAUAUUCUUACAUAAUAUUAUUCCGCUUUGCCCCCCCCCCCCCCCCUUCAGUUUUUGUGUAAAGGGUUGACGAUCAAUCUGUUUAUUGGUUAAGAAUUAACAGUUAAUUAAUUCUUCAAUUAGGAGGAGGAUUACAUUACAUAUCCUGUGUUAUUGUUUGUGCUGCCCGUCAAUGUAACUGGACAUUUCAUUAAUUACUUUGACCGAUUUGUCUUGUAAA